AUGUUUGAAUAUUUUUAUAUAUACACCAUUGGCUUCCUAGACACAUCCAGUCUUGGUUUGAUAAUGCCUGGUUUCAAUCGUCACCUGAGAGAAAUUGGUGCUUCACACUUUCAAAUAACUACUCUGGAAUCUUUUUUCUCGGGUUUGCAAAUGAUCACGAGUCCUAUAGUGGGUACGCUUAGCGAUCGUUAUGGCCGCAAACGAAUGCUUACACUUUCUAUGAUGGUCAGCGUAAUAGGAUUUUUCUGUAUCGGACAAUGUUAUACUUAUCUUUGGUUAGCUAUUAUAAGAAUAAUUUUAGGCUGCUUGAAACAUACACAAAUGCUGGAUAAAUCGUUAAUAGGCGACAACGUACCCAAAGAUCUGCAUCUCAGCGCUCACGGCAGAUUGAACAGUUUCACUUCGUUGGCAUUCAUGAUCUCGCCAGUCAUCGGCGGCCGCAUGUUAGAACAACCUAAUGGUUUUUAUAAUGUAGCAUGUUUGACUAGUUUGGUCUGCACUUUGAAUGUUAUCAUCAUAGUGUGUUGUGUGCCAGACAAAAAAAUCAAAAGCAGUAGUCACAAGAAAUCGAUGCUCAGUAAUUUGAAAGAAUUGGAUUGGGCUGUGUACUGGCCGUUGUUGUUCAUGCGAAUCAUGUAUACGGCCACACUUUCAACAUUGAUGACAACAUUGUAUUUCGUCCUGAAAGAGACAUAUAAACUCGAUUCUUCCCACAUUGGUUAUACAAUAUCGUACAUCAGUUCGAUCGGCGUAGCAACUGGAUUUUUUGUCACUAAAUUGGCGUCUGCAUUCCAUUCGUACAGCACGUUCAACAAGUGCUUCUACAGUUUCCUAUUAUUGUCUUUCGGGUAUUUCUGUUUCGCGUUUGAACCCAGUUUAUUGUGUUAUUUAUUGUUUACGAUUCCUGUCAGUACGGGUGGAACUCUGAUCGAAGUGUUCCUAAACCAGUUGGUGUCAGAACACUGCGAUGAAAAAACCCGAGGCACCGUCGAAGGUGCUAUGGCGGGUGCUUCCGGAGUAGCUAGAUUUAUUUCCCCAAUGAUUAUCGGCAUAGCCAUGGAUAAGUUUGGUGCUUGUGGUGCAUAUGCUUUUGCAAGCAUAGCUGCUUUGUCUGGUGCUAUGGUAGCCAAGUUCUACGAUUAUAAUAAAAUCAAGAGUAAAAUUACGUAAAAUACUAUUUAUUUUGUAUUAAAUUAUUUUUCUAGUUUUAUUAUGCAUCGCAACAGUUACUGUUAUUUGUAUUGAACUAUUAAGUUAAAUUCGUCAAUUUACAUAAGUAUUUUGUAAAAUGUACCAUGUUCCCAUGUACGAACAAAUACCUAGGUUAAAUAUUGUAUAAAUGUAAUGUUAUUUGUAUUAAAAACUGAUCAAAUACGUGCAAUUAUUUUGUAUACUCGACGAUAAGAUAAACCUUUUCGAGUGUGUUUAAUUGUAUUACUGUAAAAGAUUUUUAAAAUCUAUCUUUGUGAUUCUAUGCAAUUUGUGCAGUUAUGCUCGACGUGCGGGUACUUUUCAUAUCUUUAUUUCCUAAUAAAUAAGUAUAAUAAUUAAGAUCAAA